ACACGACUUAAUUUUAAAUAUGAUUUUUGUUGCUAUGAUUUGUGUGACAUUUGCAUUGCAUUUGAAUUUUAUUCGUCCUCUGCAAAUGAUAAAAAUCAGUUCGUCGUUCGUCGUAACGUUUUCUUAUGCAAUUAUAAUAUCUGUAUAGUCAGGUCUUGUCGGAUCAGGGUCGCGAAUAUAUUGGAUAAAAUGCAUAGCGUUGGAAGUAAUAGCGAUCAUUUGACCCGAGAUGCCGUUUGCGACGACCGUGCCUAAUAUAUGCAAUUAUUUGCAAAAUAAACGGGGUACUGGUUGCAUUUGAUUUAAAACUGUGAAUUGUUUAAAUAUUUAUACAAAAUGACUGAAAAAAAAGAUAUUUGUUAUCCAAACUGCGCUAGCUCUGUGUUUCUGAGAUCUUGCGAAGAAGAAAUUACGACUCCACUGGAAGGAAAAACUACAGGUCACAUACCACCAUGGCUGCAAGGUACGCUUCUACGGAAUGGUCCGGGGACACUUAAAGUUGGAUCGAUGUCUUUUGACCACGUGUUCGAUGGUUCAGCUCUUUUGCACAGCUUCAAGAUCUCAGAGGGGACGGCGACAUACCAAUGCCGCUUUGUACGCACUGACACAUACAAAAGAAAUAAGGCAGCAAAUCGUAUUGUUGUUACAGAAUUCGCUACUGAAUCGGUUCCUGACCCUUGCCAUACUAUCUUUGAUAGGUUUACUGCAUUUUUUAAACCAUUAGAAAAACUAUCAGAUAACACGGUUGUAUCCGUAUAUCCUAUCGGUGAUGAAAUUUAUACUUUCACGGAAUCUCCCAUCAUACAUCGAAUAGACCCAAAGACUCUGAAAACUUUAGAAAGAAAAGAUUUAAUUAAAGAUUUUGCAAUCGUGAACCAUUCGGCUCAUCCACAUAUUUUGCCAAAUGGUGACGUCAUCAAUAUUGGUUUGUCAUACACAAGCCGUGGGAUGAGACACGUCGUCAUACAUUUUCCAUUUACUGAAAAAGGUGACAUGUUCGAAAGAGCUCACAUCGUUGGCGGUAUGAAACCUCGCUGGCAAAUGCACCCCUCGUAUAUGCAUUCUUUUGGCAUAACAGAGAACUACUUCGUAUUAAUCGAACAGCCUAUGACGAUAUCUUUAAGGACAGUGUUGUGGAAUGUAUUUUUGGACAAACCUUUUGCAUCCGCUCUGCAAUGGUAUCCAAAACUUGAGACGAACAUAGUACUGAUAAGUCGUAAAACCGGAGAAGAAGUGAGACGCUACCGCACAGAGACUCUCUUCUACUUCCACGUGAUCAACGCGUUUGAGGACGGUCAAAACGUCGUACUCGACUUCUGUACAUACAAAGAUGCUAAGAUAUUGAACGGGAUGUAUAUCAAAGCGAUGGAGUCGAUACAAAGUAAUGAAGACUGUGCAGAAUGGUUUCGUGCCCGUGCGAAACGUCUCAAAAUGCCACUCGAAUCUCCCGAUAUGACGUUUGUAGAGGCCAAGUUGCUGGCUAACAUUGGAUGUGAAACGCCUAGAAUACAUUACAAUAUGUAUAACGGGAAAUCGUAUCGCUAUUUCUACGCAAUAAGUUCAGAUAUUGAUAACAUCAACCCAGGAGCGGUAGUAAAGGUGGACACAUGGUCAGGAGAUUAUAAGACAUGGUUUGAAGCGGGCAGUUUUGCAAGUGAACCUGUUUUUGUGCCAGAACCACAAGCGCAAGAAGAAGAUGCGGGUAUACUGCUAUGUGUUCUACUCUAUGGUUCUCAUAUAUGCAAGAUCAGUCUAUUACUACUGGACUCACGAACUUUGUUAGAAGUUGGCCGUGUCACAUUUGAUACGCCUUCGCCAUCGCCCAAAUGUAUCCACGGCUGGUUUAUAUCAGAUCGCGUUUAACCUUGACCCUAGAACAAAAAUAUAAUCAAACUUCUUAAGCUAUGUGGUUGAUGAAAUUUUUUAAUUCAAUUUAUAUUAUAAACUUAAUAUGUCGUAAUAAUUUAAUUUUUCGUCCUACUAACGGUCUGAGGUUGUUUAAGAAUCUAAUUAAACUAAAAUGAAUUUCAAUGACCGAACCACAAGUUAUAUCUUAGAAUAGUGCACUUAGUUAUGUUAUUUUUUUUUAUAAA